ACAAGAACGUCAAACUUAUGUCAAAGUUUAUUUUUGUAACUGGCAAAAGAAAACAACUGCUUCAAAAACAUGGUGGCAGGACAGUGAAUCGGGUGAACAUUUUUACUAGUCAUAAUUAAUUACGAAGCUUAUUUAGCAGGAGUGUUUAAAACAAUUUGUAAACACCGAUUUAAUAAGCUUCAACAAAAUAAGGAUGACGUCUGAAGAAACACAAAUUUCUGAAAACCUGAAAGGCUGUUACGAAAAUCUUAUUGUAAUCGACAUCGGCGCAAACCUCACGAACAAGAAAUACAGCCGUGAUCUCGACUCCGUGGUGCAGAGGGCAAAAGAUGCAGGUGUCCAAAAAAUCAUGGUCACAGGAACAUCAGUGAAGAACAGUAAGGAGGCUCUGCGGCUCACGAGGCUCUAUCCCGGGACUAUCUACUCCACGGCUGGAGUGCACCCUCACGAUGCCAAGUCAAUGGUGGAAGAGGAUAUGUGGGUGGAGUUACAAGAUAUCGCCAGCGCGCCGGAGUGUGUGGCCAUAGGGGAGUGCGGCCUCAACUACAGCAAGGACUUCUCGGAGCCUCACGUGCAGCGGGACGUGUUUAAACGACAGAUAGAAAUCGCGUGCGACCUCCGCAAACCGAUCAUCGUUCACGAAAAAGACGCACAAGACGACGUUUUGAAAAUCCUCGACGAAUACAGCGCCCGUCUCCCUCCAAUAGUCAUCCAUUCCUUCACGGGAACGGUAGAACAAGGGCUCAAAUACAUAGAGAAAGGGUUUUAUAUUGGCAUCACUGGGUUCAUAUGCAAGGAUAAGUCGGAUGGCGGUAUCCGGAGGUUACUGUCGGAGAGAAUGCUUCCGAUGGACCAGCUGUUGGUGGAGACAGACUCGCCGUUUAUGUACCCUAAUAUGAGAGCGUCUAAGCUGCCGGUGCAUGUGAAGGAUUCGUUGACGGAAAGAUCCAUGCUAUUCGUGAACCGCUACUGCACGUUCCAGCGCAACGAGCCGUGCGCGCUGCCCGCCGUGGUGGAGCUGGUGGCCGGGCUGGCGGCGCGCCGGCCCGAGGACGUGGCGCUAGCCACCGCCUUCAACGCGCUCAAGCUGUUCGGACUCAGCCAGUGACCAGUUGGUAGUUGGGCAGUUAGGCCCUUCUCCCACUACGCGACUCUCAAGCGACACGAGUGCGCCGCAACGCAUGAUCGCCUAUAAAAACGGGUCUUCGAUGCGUCGUUGACUCGUCUAAGCGACCAAGAGAGUUGAGAGUCGCGUAGUGGGAGAAGAGGCUUACGAACGAGCUUGGAGGUUAGAACAGUGAAGAAGGAGGUUGGAAGAGGUUUGAGGUUUGAAGACUUUUUGGUUCGACAUAAUAUUUUUUUGCAAAUUUAUACUCUUUGUAAGCGUACCAGUUAAAAAGUUAUGAAGUGUCGACCUUGGAGUUUAACGUUUGAGGUUUGUCGCCUUUUUAGUUAGAUAGAAACUUUUUCUUGCGAAUACUCUUUGGAAGCGUACCGGUUUAAAAUUUAUGAACCUCCGACCUCUUUUUGUCGCCUUUUUGGUUUAAAUAUUUUUUUGCUCUUUGGAAGCGUACCAGUUAAAAAGUUAUGAAGCGUUGACCUCUUUUGUUUUUCUUUUACUGCAGAGUUUUGGCAGCUAUAUUUAUUCAAUUUGAUUCGCAUUAUUUAUACCCGUUUUAUUGGGUUUUUUGCUUUGGGGAUUUCACGUUCGUAGAAAGCUUUCGCCUUGUGCCUUUGACGAUUACAAUAGGAUUAAAUUAAUUAUAUGACGAUUCGAAUUGUUUAAACGAUGAAAUGAAUUAAAUAGACAUAGGAAAGAUGUCGACAAGAAUAGGGAUAUUAAGAAUGAAAUUGUGGUAUUUCUUCAUACGUCAUCCAUGAAAUAAAUAAAUAUAACUGAUAAAUCUAAGGAGAUAAUUUACAUGUCUAGAACUGAUUUGAAUACUCGAUAGAAUUUGAUUUAUUUUGUGCAUUUUCUAAAUGUGUUCUUUACAACGACCACUGAGGUGGAUUCAACGAAAGAAUUUAAUUUUAAUUGCAAUAUGAGGCUGUUUGAGUUCAUCCAUAAAUUUUGUUCUUGCCAUCGUCACUAAUAAUAACUAAAAUCAUAAUUUAAUUGACUCUCUACAUAUUUUGUGCUGUGUAUGUGAAAUUUUGAUGGAUAAUUAAUUAAUAAUGGGAAAACAUUACAGUAGCACAUGUAUAACAAUCGAAUUAAAUGAAACACUAUUCAUUUCAUGCAAAGCAAGCCAUGUUGUUAUGGCGUCGUCGAAAUGUCAUUGAUCAUUUGAAUAUUGUAAUUUUUGUGUGUGUCUAUAUUUUUGUAUAAUUUUGUUUAGUUAAGUCUCCUGCACGGGCCCUAGUGAAACUACAUAUCUGUAAAAUAUCUUGGCAAUAGACAAAUAGUUCAUCUUUAGUCAGAAGUGAUCUCACAUCAGUGGUAUAUCCAUUGGUUUGUUUAGUAAAAAGUGUAAUAUUUUUGUGUGGCCAAAUAUCCCCAGUUUAGAAAUAGUAACGUCCAGUAACACUAGGCCA